GUCACAAGACGUGAAGCAGAAACAAAACGUUUUAUAACCUAAAAAGUCAUGCAUGUUCAAAUCAAUCACAACAAAAUAUAAGUUUGUAAAUUCAUUUAUUUCAAGUAUUAAGGUGAUACUCUCGUUUGCUGUUUCAAGAUAAGCCCAUAAUGGCAGAUACUGAAGAAUACUUUCCGCGUGGUGGAAAAAAGCCAGUUUUCAAGGAGUUUAAACAGACCAGCAAUUUUCUAGGAACUCUAGAAAGGACAGAGAAGAAGAAGAAGAAGUUGAAAAAGAAGUCUGAAGGAGAUGACGGCUAUUUAUCAGAUGAAAUCUCAGAGUUUGAUGUUUCCACAAAAAACUGUGCAGUUGGACUCAGCUAUCAGAUAGUGAAGGAAGGCCUCCAGAUCCUGGGCCGCGUGAGCCAGGUGCUGGAGAUGCGGCUGCAGGUGUCGCUGCCGUGCCGCAUGCAGGGCACCGUCAUGGCGUGCCACAUCAGUGAUGCAUACAACAAACAGCUUGAGGCCUAUGUUGGUGAUCAGGUGGACAGCAUCAAGGAGCUCCGGCACAUGUUCCGUCCCGGGCAGUAUGUGGCGGUGCGCGUGCUUGAGGUGGACCGCGCUAACCUCAUGCUGAGCCUCAUGCCGCAGCAUGUGAACCAGGGGAAGGUGCAUACAGAGAUUGAGAAAGGCACAAUAUUCCAAGCAGCAGUAACCUCGGUGGAGGAUCACGGCUACGUGCUGGACCUCGGCGUGCCCAACACCAAGGCCUUCCUGCCUAAGAAGAACGCCAGCGAGGAUGUCGAACUUGACGUUGGCUACCUCACCUGGUGUGUAGUCAAGUCCGUCACCCCCGGCUCGGAACACACGGUGGUGACUCUCAGCAGCCAGGGCGCCGCGCUGGCGCCGCCGCUGCGCAGGAAGCCGGCGCGCGGGGUGGCGGCGGUCACGCCAGGAGCUAGCUUAGAGUUUACUGUUGAUAAGGCGCUAGAGAACGGCAUCGAAGGCCACAUCUUCGACGGCAUCACGUCGUACGUGCAGCGCCAGCACGCCGACCGCGGCAAGGGGAAGAAGCCCACGCUAGGCCAGAAGGUCCGAGCCCACCUGCUAUACGAGAUGCCUACCCGCAAGGCGCCCUACCUCACGCUGCGGCCUAUCUUCGAGACAACGACCACGUUGGAGGAAGAGCAGACCUUGAAGGAGGGAGAUAUGGUGGAGGAUGCACUGGUGAUAAAGAUAACGAGUCGCUCGAUAGUGUUCAAACUAGGCACACACGGGGUGGGCACUAUGAGCGUGAAGCGAGUGCGAGCCGUGGACGACCUGAGCGACGAGGAGAUCAUUGCCAAGAGCUACCCUAUUGGCAGCACUCACCGAGUCCGCGUGCUCUGCUACAACUUAUCAGACUACCGUUACUCAGUGAGCGACGACCCUAAAACGCUCAAUGAGAAGUACUUCACGUUGAGACAACUGAGUGUCGGUGAUAUAGUGGAGGCGACCGAGAGUGCGAAGACAAAUGGAGGGGUCACGCUGAAAGUCGGCAAGUUGACUGGCUUCGUCCCAAUGACUCAUCUCACUGACGCAGGAGUCUACAUCGACCCGAAAAAACCAACCGCUGGACCCAAGUUCAAGCACAAACCGGGCCACCCCAUCAAAGCUCGUGUGCUAGCCCUGGACCUGGACUCCAACUCCCUGAUCCUCACGCUGAAGCCCUCACUCCUGGACCCGGAGGUAGAGGCUCUGAGCAGCUACCACCAGGCUGAAGUGGGGAAGGCGUAUACUGGAGUGAUUAAGCACGCGGCGGAAGACUACGUGCUAGUCUCGUUCUUCAGCGGCGUGUCCUGCUUCAUACCGCGCCAGUACGUGACGCGCGACGCCGCCAGCCUGCGCGCCGCCUUCCACCAGGGGCAGAUCGUUAAAUGUACAAUAUUGAAAGUGGAUCCUGAAAACAAAAAAAUGACUGGCAGCCUCACUACAGCGCCGUUUUGGCCAGCGGUGAGUAAAUUAUAAUAUGAGUUGUGUUUUAUUAAUUCCAAGACAAUAUAUAAGACUAUUUAUGUAAAUGUAAAAAUAUUUUUACAGAAAAAGCGUGAAGUGACAGAGAAAAGAAAAAAGAAAGAUGAAUCUGAAGUACCUAAAAAGAAACAAAAAGUAAAUAGUGAAGAUGAAACAGAAAAACCCAAAGAAGGUAAGAAGAAAAAAGAUAAAAAAUCGAAGCAAGAAUCGGAAACUGAAGAGACAACAGAAGAAUCACCUAAGAAAAAGAAAAGCAAAAGUAAAAGUAAAGAAAUAAUAAAAGAAGUACCUGAAGAUGAUAAAAUCGAAUCAGACAUGGAAAUAGAUGAAACUGAACAAAAAACAAAACCUAAAAAGAAAAAGGACAAAAAUAAACACAUAGAAGAAGCAGAAGAUAUAACUGAAGAAGUCGAGACAAAAAAGAAGAAAAAGAGUAAAAAAGUUACAGAGGAAAUUGCGCAAGAUCUAGAAGAUAACAAAGCUUCAUCAGAAAGCGACCACAUAGACACAGACAUACCAGAAAGUGACGAAGUUCUAACUCCAAUAGACAUGCAACUUGUAGACCUGUCAGAUUGCGACACAGCAAAGAAAUGCAAGAAACGAGUCGUUUCACUAAUAAGGUCUAUUGAAGCUAGAGCGAGACGCAUAGAUGUUAUAGACGGAAAGAUAACUGACAUAGAAGAGAGGGGACUACAUGGAAAAAACAAGAAAUACCACACUGCCAUGCACGCGGAAAAAAAUAUAGUGCAAGAACGAAUAAAGAUCUUAGCGAAAACAUUAAAGAAGGCUCAGGACAAACUUAAGGAGUUCCCUGAAACAGAGGAGUCUACAGAAUGGAAGAAAAAAGAUAAGAAGAAGAAAGAAAUAGCAGAAGUGAAGGAAUCAGUUGAGGAUAAUAAAACUGAACUCAACGAUGAAGGUAAAGUUGAUAAAGUCAGUACAAAAGAAUCAAAGAGGAAAGAAAAAGCGAAAGAGAAAGAGGGCAAAAAGUCUAAAGCCGAGGCGGCAGUGGUCACAGAGUUAGAUGUGCCGAGUGCUAAAGACUUCUGGACAAUGGAUGUGGACACUCUGAACCAGAAUGCGCAGAAAGAAGUUGAAUCUAGCAGCAGCAGUGACGAGGAAGACACAACACAGCCCAAGAAGAAGCGCAAGAAGCUCACCGUCUCCGAGAAGCUAGCCAAGGCUCGAGCUGAAGAUGAGAGGGUCCGAGCCCUGGAGCUGGCCCGCGAAGCCGCGCCCGCCUCCGUGGAGGGCUACGAGCGCGCGCUGCUCGCUAGUCCUGAUGACAGCAGGCUGUGGAUUAGUUAUAUGGCGCUGCAUUUACAGGCGACAGAGAUCGAGAAGGCGCGCGCGGUGGCGCGGCGCGCUCUCUCCUCCAUAUCGUUCAGGGAGGAGCAGGAGAAGCUGAACGUGUGGCUCGCGCUGCUCAACUUGGAGAACAGGUUCGGCACCAAGGAAACGAUGCAGAAGACCCUGGAGGAGGCCCUACAGAUGAACGACACGUACGAGGUGCACUCGAAACUGCUCGACAUCUACGCCGACACUGCUAAAGUACAGGAGCUAUCCACCCUCAUCGACCUGAUGACGCGUCGCUACAAGACAGCCGGCUGCUUCACCCGCUGCGGCGCCGCGGCGUACCGCGCCGGGCUCGUGGACGCGGCCAGGCGCGCCAUGCAACACGCGAUCAAAGUGCUGGACAAGCGGGAGCACGUGAACGUGCUAGUCCAGUUCGCGCUUCUAGAAGCUUCGAGCGGGUCCCGCGAGCGCGCCGAGGCUCUGUUCGAACAGCUUCUCGGUGCCUACCCGCAACGCGUGGACGUGUGCUGCACGUACGUGGACAUGAUGGUGAAGGCCAAGGAGCUGGAGCAGUGCAGGCAAGUCCUGGAACGGAUGACGUCACUGAAACUGCCGGCGCGAAAGAUGAAAGUGUUGUUCAAGAAGUGGAUCGAAGUCGAAGAGAAGCUCGGGGACGAGAAGCAGAUCGAGAGCGUGCGACAGAAGGCCAUGGAGUUUAUUGAGAAGGCGAAGUUUUAAAUUAAUAAAUGAACAGACAAAUUGUUAAAUCA